AUGGGAACAGCCUUUCCACCGACCGCAUGACUGUUAGGAAAUCUUUCAUGAACCCCAAUAACAAGAAGCCACGAUAGCCAAAAAAAUCACAGUUCAGAAAUUUGGAAAAGCUAACCCAGCGUAACGCUAAAAUUUUCUAGAAAAAGAGAGAUUUCCAGCGAGAGAUACCUAUAAAUAUAGGUCGUGUAGUAACCGGCAAAUUUUCUAUCUAUAGAGACAGAGAGAGGUGGCUUCUGAUUGAGUAAUCGGACACUUGCUCGAUUUUCUUGAUCACGGUUAGGGUUAGGGUUUCGUAUUUCACUAUUUUGUGUUCGCUGUCGGAUUCAGGCGGGCCGAAGGGAGAUUGAGCUAUUGGAGCUCAGCUGAUGGGCUUGGUAGGUGCUGAGAGUGGUGAAGAGGGUAUAGGGCAUUCAGAGCCACCUGACCCUGAUGUUCUAGAGAUUGAUCCUACUUCACGGUACAUUCGGUUCAAAGACAUUCUUGGGAAAGGCGCAUUCAAGACAGUUUACAAGGCAUUCGAUCAAGUUGAUGGAAUUGAAGUAGCAUGGAACCAAGUUCGCAUUGAUGAGGUAUUACAGUCACCAGAUGAGCUGGAAAGGCUGUAUUCUGAAGUGCAUCUCUUGAAAUCAUUGAAGCAUAAGAACAUAAUAAAGUUUUAUAAUUCAUGGAUUGAUGAUGGGAACAAGACUGUAAAUAUCAUUACCGAGUUGUUCACCUCGGGUAGCCUUAGACAGUACCGUAAGAAGCAUAAGAAGGUUGACAUGAAGGCAGUCAAGGGAUGGGCAAGGCAAAUUUUGAUGGGUUUGAACUACCUUCACAAUCACAAUCCGCCAAUUAUACAUAGAGACCUGAAAUGUGAUAACAUUUUUAUUAAUGGGAACCAAGGGGAAGUUAAAAUAGGAGAUCUUGGCCUAGCGACUGUCAUGCAACAGGCUAAUGCAAGAACUGUGAUAGGAACUCCUGAGUUCAUGGCGCCUGAGCUGUAUGAUGAGAAUUACAAUGAGUUAGCUGAUAUAUAUUCCUUUGGGAUGUGCAUGCUGGAGAUGGUAACACUUGAGUAUCCUUACAGUGAAUGCAGGAACUCAGCUCAGAUAUACAAGAAGGUUUCAAAUGGAAUAAAACCUGCCGCCCUGUCUAAAAUAAAAGAUCUAGAAGUUAAAAUGUUUAUAGAGAAGUGUCUAGUACCUGCAUCUCAAAGAUUGUCAGCAAAGGAGCUUCUGAAUGAUCCUUUCUUCCAAGUUGAUGGAUUGACUAAGAAUCAUCCUUUGCAACUUCCUGAUAUUGUUAUUCCAAAGACUGGAGCCUUUGGUGACCGCUGUCUGCUCUCAGAAGGACCUACCAGUUUACAGAAUAGACCACUUGCAAUGGAUCUUGAUGUUGUUGAUGAUGAUGAGCUACCCAUUAUCACCUCUACGGAUAAUUCUAUUGAUGGAGGGCCCUAUUCAUUAUGCGUGGAGGUUCAAAGAGCAAAAGGAGGCAAUUUUUUCCUGUUGAAAGGCGACGGAAAUGAUGAGAACUCUAUAUCACUAAUAUUAAGAAUAGCUGAUCAGAAUGGUCGCUUGAGAAAUAUCCAUUUCAUGUUCUACCUUGAUAGUGAUACAGCCCUCUCGGUUUCAAGUGAAAUGGUGGAACAACUGGAACUAGCAGACCAGAAUGUCACGUUCAUUGCAGAGUUGAUCGAUUUGUUAUUAAUUAUUCUAAUACCAACCUGGAAACCUUGUGUCCCAAUUGACCAUCUGGUUGCUUUGAAUAGAAUGCAAACCUCUAAUGGUCAUCAUGAGGACUUACAAUGUCCAGAACAUGGAGAGUGCUUGGUGGGAUCAUUCGAAGGUGUCUGUGAAACAGAUAAUCUUUUAAGCCCCCAUGUCUACCCCAACUCAACUUCUUUUGAGGGAUACAUUGAGACAAUGCAGGAAAACCCUAAACAUUUGAGUCUUGAUGAGAUCAGGACUCAUGCUGAUUUAGGGCUUCCAAGCUCAGCCACAGUAGAGGAUCAUGGUUCUGAUAUGUCAUAUGUUUCUGCAACCUCAAAUGAAGGGAGUGAUAAGAAGUACUCUCAUAAUGCAUAUCUCUCUGCAGAGUCAGGAUGCAUGGAUUACGAUGAGUAUGGAUCGAAAAGGGGAGUUAGACAACCCUUGUCGGCAGUGCAAACGAGUUCAUGCAACCUUGACAAGGGAAAGGCUACAGACAUCGGCAGCAAUGGUGCAGUGACUUCUUCAGAUUAUCCAAUUGAUUCAUCUUUGUCUGAUCAGGUUGAAAGUGAGAACAUGGUAUUGGAGCUGGAAAUGAUUGAGCUGCAAUACCACGAGGCAGUUAAGGAAAUAGCCAAGAGAAGACAAGAAGCUAUCAGGGAGACAAAGAAAAGGUUGUCACAGAAAAGGAUAGAGUCAGUUAUCUAGUCUUUUAUUUUAGUUUUUUCUUUUGUGGAUCUUCCUGGCAAGUGUAAAAAGUUUGUUUUUGGAAGAGAAAAUUAGUUGUAAUAAAUCGUAUUCUAUAUAUUUAUAUAUGAAGAGUGGGUUUUUAUUCUUAAUUAAA